CACCCCUCUCUUUCUCUCCCACCACUCUCCCUCACCGGCUCGUCCAGUGUCUGGAAGCCGAAAACAGAGCACAAUCGCGGGGGUCUAACUGGCUGUCAACCGAGCUCCUACGGCAGUCAUGGCGGCGCCGUUAGCCCACUUCGAUGAGGACUGGCAGGAUUUUAACGAGUUCAAGCCGUCGUUAGAGUCACCAGACCAGCUGGACCAGCUGAAUUCUAAUGUGGCCGAUACCUCGUCGGGCCUAGACGAUUUCUCCGACCUGGACAACAGUUUCUCCGGCGAGAUCUGCAGCUUCAAAUCGAUGGAGGACCUAGUCCACGACUUUGACGAAAAGCUGACAGUGUGUUUCCGAAACUACAACACCGCAACGGAAAACAUUGCCCCAAUUAAACCUAUCACGGAAGAUAAUUACUUGAAAGAUGACGAGGUGUGGAACGCUCUGACAGACAACUAUGGCAACGUGAUGCCCGUGGACUGGAAGACAUCGCACACUCGCUCCCUACACCUGCCCACCCUCAACCUCAUUGAGCAUGAGAAGUUGGACAACCAGUCUCUGGAUCUUUCGGACGAUGAGGAGCUGAGGGAGCAGAUGGAUAUGCACUCAAUCAUUGUCUCGUGCAUCAACGAUGAGCCACUUUUCACUGCUGAACAGGUGAUCGAGGAGAUAGAGGAGAUGAUGCAGGAGUCGCCAGACCCAGAGGACGAUGAGAGUCCUUCCCAGUCAGACCUGUCGAUGCUCUCUCAGGACCUCCAUGCUCUGAAACGCUCCGGCUCCAACACCAGCUACGAAGACCGUCUGCGUCAGCUGUCCGUGUCUGAGCUGACUGAGACUCUGGAGGAGGUGGAGACGGCCAUUCGUCGUUACAGUGAAGAGCUGAUCCAGGCUCUGGCCCUGCGAGACGAACUGGACUACGAGAAGGAGGUGAAGAACAGCUUCAUCUCGCUGCUGAUCGACGUGCAGAACAGACAGAAGGAGCACCGCGAGCUGCUGCGGAAGAAGAAGAAAAUCCGAAGUACGACUACGACUGGACCCAACGGCCAGAGGACAGCCAGCACGCAUAUACCGGGCACGUACCUGACCACAGUAAUCCCUUAUGAGAAGAAAGCGGGCUCCCCCUCUGUAGAAGACCUCCAGAUCCUCACAAAGAUCCUCCAUGCCAUGAGGGAUGACAGCGAGAAGGUGCCCGCCCUGCUAACAGACUACAUUCUCAAAGUUCUUUGUCCCACAUAAAGCCAAAGGAGCAGAUCCUGUUUCCAGAACCUUCCACUGGAGCGUCAGAAGAGGGUUCUGGUAAUCUAGAAGAAGCAGGAUAAAAAAAAAAUCCAAACUAUCCUCCCUGUUUUUCAACAUAUAGACUUUCUUUCCUUACAACAUUUUUUUUUUUUUUUUUUUUACUCUGCCAGGUUGCUGUUAUUCCUCAGAUUUUAACUCUAGAUAUAACUGCCUGUUCUUUUCAUUUGUAAUCUUUUUAUUGCCAGAGUGCAGCAACCCUGUACAUCCUGACUGCAUGAUGAUUUUUCAUUAGAUGCUAGUAAUCAGUAUUAGUCUAAACACCUCACUUCCUGAUCAGCCAUUGACUGUUGAAUGGUGAAGGGUUGAGAAAUAACCAGGUUGGUUUGUUUUUUUUUUAAUUUCCCUUGGCUUCAUCAGCAGGCCUGAGUGAGGGGAACUGCAGUCCAGUCUGUCUGUAUUGUGCACGCAUUUGCAUCUGUGAACUUCACACUUGACGAGGAAAACAAAUCCUGGCUGAAUCUCCGGUGCCAGGCCACUCACGUUAUCAGGCGCAAGUCCUGUUUUCCCUGUAGGGAAACCUUUGCUUUACUGGCAUUUGUUUGAUUUGAUUGCAUAGGAUGUCUUGAGGUUCGAAACUCUGCUUGCCGAGGAUCAAAGAGCAAACCCUUUAAUUUUAAAAUCCAAACCUGUCUUCGCAUGUUGGUUUUGGGUUUAAGCUCAAUAUUAGCUGUUAGCUGAAUGUCGAAAUGAAAUAUUUUGUAUACGAUUAAGUGAAAUUGCACAGUUUUUGAGAGCUUUUUACUUUUUAAAAAAAAAAAAAAGGGAAAAAGGGGAAUGACUUAAAGUAAUAGCUGGAUGAACAAACAUAAAGCAUAUUUUUGGAUAAGGAGUUUGUUUUUAGUGAGAUUAAGGACUUGCCAGUCACCACUUCUGUGACCACAUCGCAACAUCAUCUGUAAAUGCUGUCCAUUGACCUCUGAGCCCUCAAGUAGUGACACCCCAUCCCCAACGACUUUAUCACUUCCCCGGGAGUUGUCACGUCUCCCGUAUCACGUCAGAAAAUGACCUAGCUAGUCACAUCAGUAGAUAGAUGUGUAGUUAUGCUUUUAAUAUAAGUUGUGGGUUUUCUCUACCUGUCAACCCUUUAAUGUUAUGUGACUUUUAGGGAUCUUAUGGUAGCACUUUAGUCUGUCAGUGACCUGGUCCUGUAGUAGUGGAAUAUGUAGUGGAUGUACUUUAGAGUACGUCUCACUAGAUUAGUGUAAGAUGAUGCUUAGAAGAUUUAGCCAGUGGCGCAGAAAACAAGAAUUGUUGUCAUGCAUCUCGUUGCAUUUGUUUAUUAUUAUUCAUCAUGAGCAUGACAAUCUGUACACAUAGUUGUUUAACAAGCUUAAAGGGGCAUUCCACUGAUUUUACACAUUAUACAAGCAGCUCACGUGUCACGGGGAGGACGACUCGGCUUGUAGAAACAGUUGUAUAAUGUUUUCUGUGGCUGUGGAGUGUCAAAAUGGAGAAAAUGACCGUGGUGAUGUCAUCAGGGUUAUCUUGAAUUGGGUUAAAUUUAUAAAAGCAAAGCCUGCAUAUGACAAACUCAGAGAGUUCAGUUUCAAGGAUGUGGGUGUUUUUACCAGGCAGGCAGGGUAUAAUAAAAAUAUGCUAUCACUUUGCAUUAUGGGAAUUGUAGGAGCCAGUGUUGUUGGAGGUUUCCCCAUACACAGGGCUAAAAGUCAGGGUAUCUGAGCUUCUGCCUCAUCGAUUUUUGACCUUUCUUUUUUUUUUUUAUCACAUCACUUGCAAGUCUCCCAACCUCAUGGAAAUGCAAUAAUAAAUCAGUGGAGCAUCCCUUUAAAAAAAAAAAAAAAAAACCAUGUAACACCAAUCUAGCACUGCUUGUCUGCCAAGUUGAAACACUGAGGUUCAGAUCACCAGCCACUACAGGUGCACCACACACUGUCAGAUCAGGUCUAGUCUAGCUCUCAGGUACGAUCAUCAGUGUUAGCAGUUUGAAAUCUUGUUCCGAAAGGUACCGAGUCUUUGUUUGUUUCUGACAACAUCUUAGCAGCUAGACUUGGAUUCGCUGCACUUUUAUCUUUUCACGCUCUGGUAAAUAAAAAAAUAAAAAAAUACCUGGACGAACAGAUGGAGGUAAUCGUGGUCGCCUCUUGACUAAAUCAGGGUAGCAUUACAGUUGUUGAUUUUGACAUGAUUUGUUGAAAUGUAAUUUAAAUGCUCAAAGUCCUAGACUAUGAUUAGUAGUAGUAGUAGAUAUAGUGGUAGGUGUAGCUAAGGCAGAGACCUCUUUAGAAGCUGCAGUAGCAUCUGCUCGUAUAGCAGUCGAGUGAUGAUGGAAUUGAUGCGGUUGUGACAUCUAGCAGCAAACUAGCUUAUUAGAAAAUCAGUGGUUAAUAUGUAGGAAUAGGAGAGAACGUCUUGCUUCUCCUGUUUGAUUACAGGUUGGUUGCGGAUUUAAAGCAUGACUCGUGGCCAGAGAAAAGGGCGUAAGAGGAGGACAAGGGGUGUGAUAAAGGUUUUGGAUGUUGGGGAAGAUUGCACAAAGGGAUGCUAAAGUUUGAGGGGUCCAUUUAUUUUAUAAAGGAAGGCAAAAACUCAUAGUGCUAUGUUUAACUAUUUCUGUGUGACCGUUGUUUUGUCGGCUUUGAAAACAUUCACAACCUAGCAUGUGCUGCAUGCACUUUACUGCUGCGAAUACAUUUCUGAUGAUGAUUUAAUUUGUUUGUUUACAGAUGUAUUACACUAAAGGGACAGGUGCACAUUACAAUGAAAUGCAGAAAAUCUCAAAAGCAUUAAAUUAAAACUGUUAAUCAGAUAGAGCAGUAAAGAUCAGUAGGCAUGUGGCAGUGAAAACAUCCCUCACUUGAUUAUAAUCCGAUAUUUCAAAAAAACUUCAAUGAAAAUGGUUUAUAACACCAAUUGUGUAAAUUUAUCUUGUUUUAUAAUGAAAUGGCAGUCAGCAUGGAGGUCACUGAAGGAUCUCGUCUCAGGCCAGAACCUCUCAUCUGGUCCUCUUAGCAGACAUAUCAGUGUAACUACAGUUUAGAGAUUUAUAUUUAUAUAUGUAGAACUAAACAAGCAAGGGAAAAAAAGAGGCUGCCUUUGUAAAUGCCUGAAAAUUUUGUACAUUAAACCAACUCCUUUUUGUUUUUAAUGCAAUAUAAUUCCCCAGUUUUGGGUUUUAUGUUUACUGUCUCAUGUGGUACUGCAGUAUAUUAACUUAUUAUGUAAAUGUUUCUUUUGUAACCAUAUUAUUGACUGUAAUGGUACAAGUGUUUUGUGCCCGCAUUGCAUUGCAACUCAUUUCAAAUAAAUUAAUAUGUGAAGACUUUUA